AAUCACUCACUGUACGGUAGAAUGCCGGCGCUCAGAGCUUCACCACUUACUCCUGACGAGCAUGUUGUUACCCCGGCGCUGGGUGCUUCUCUUCGCAGGUUCUCUCUCUUUCCUACUCUUUUUUUCAGUCUUUUCGUAUAGAUACCAAAUCCAUAAUGCCAUUUCAUAUGUUUCUCGACCAUUGUGGGAUCACCCAGAUGGUCCGACGCAAUUCAUAACUCACUACUACACUGAAGGACUACCUUUCGAUGAAGCCACAUGUAACCUCCAUGGGUGGCAUUUACGAAACUCUGAUCGGCCACCUGUCUGGGACGCCGUGCUGUUUUCAAGUGAGCUGGACUUGCUUGAGAUUCGAUUACACGAACUGGACGCUGUAGUGGACAAGUUCUUCAUUCUGGAAUCAAAUCGCACUUUCACAGGAAACCCCAAACCUUUGUACUUUGCAGAAAACCAAAGUCGAUUCUCAACUUUCCUUCACAAGAUCGUUUACCGUCAGCUUCCAUCUGAUGAUGCCGACCCUAAUCCAUGGACCAUCGAGGCAUUGCACCGCGAUACCUUGACACAGAUGAUCAACUCUGAGCUUUCAUCUCCCCACUCUCAACCCUUGGUGAUAUUUGCGGAUGUGGACGAGAUCCCAUCUGCACACUCCAUUCGUCUUCUUCAAACCUGCGAUGCUCCUUCUCCGCUUCAUUUACAACUCCGCAACUUCGUAUACUCAUUUGAAUGGCCCCUUGGACUCAAUAGCUGGAGGGCUCAGGUGCACAAAUGGGUAAAAGCAAACAGCCGAUACAUGCAUUCGAAGAGUGGAGAUGUGGCAUUAGCAGACGCUGGAUGGCAUUGCAGCUUCUGUUUCAGGACAUUGGACGAAUUUGUAUUGAAGAUGAAGGGAUACUCUCAUUCUGACCGAAUAGGUGGUGAUGUGUCCUUACUCUCUCACGAACGGAUCCAAAGGGUGAUCUGUGAAGGGAAGGACAUAUUCAACAUGUUACCCGAAGCAUACUCAUAUAAGGAUCUUCUUGCUUGGAUGACUCCGGAACCGUCGAAGUCGGUUAUCGGUGUCCCUCUAUAUGUUCUUCGGAAUCCGGACAAGUUCAAAUUCCUGCUCCCAGAUGGCUGCUUGAGAGAGAGUUGAUCAUGAUUACGAGGUGAUGAUACCCCUACAACAUUGUAUCAUACUGAAGGACGCUUUUGUUGCUUGUACAAUAUGACGAGUUGAAAAUACAAUAUAGUGUCAGUCAGAGCGUGAAAGAUCAGAAACGUGUGGAAAGGCGUACACUGGGGGUAGCGAUGUAACUGGACCUACGUUCAGACGUCAGCCAAACGUCUCGCAUUCCAUUAAGCUCCCAUCGGACUCACCGGGUGUAGUGGGGAUGGCUGGAAAUGGAGUAGCCGAGCACUAUCAGACUGAGUUAGUAACGAAGCAAGCCGUGCUGCUCCGAACACAUACUGCUGCUUGGACAUCACCUC